UGACACUUGGAAAAAUGUUUUUAUUGACGAAGAUGAUUUUGAAUAUAAUUAUUUAAAUAAAGAAGAUAAUAUAACAAAUUUGGAUAAUGAUAAUUUGAGUUCAAUAAUAUCAAAUAUUAAUAGUUAUACAACAGAAAGUACAAGUUAUAAUAAGGAAAUUUUACCGUUUAUAUUAAAUGAAAUAGUAUUAGAAAAAGCUCAAGAAAUAAUAAAUGCAAAUAAUAAUAAUAAUGAUAAUAGGAUUAAUUAG